GGGGGCCCCCGAGGAGGGUGAGGAGUUGGCGCUUGCGGCGUCUUUGUGGCUGUGGGAUUACCUGCGGCGGUCUGGGGCUGGGGGUUUCUUCGUGGCGCUUUCUGGGGGGGCGGACUCGGCCUGCGUUUUGCUGCUGCUGGCCUUCACUUGCCACCGAGUCAUGCAGACUGUGGGGCCCCUGCUGCAGCAGCUGCAGCAGCAGCAGCAGCAGCAGCAGCAGCAGCAGCAGCAAACCCCGGGGCCCCCCCCUCAGCAAAACGCCCUCCAAAAGGGGGCCCCCAGGGGCCCCCAGGGGGGCCCCCAGGGGGGCCCCCUUUUGGAGGGCCCCCAGGGGGGCCCCCAGGGGGGCCCCCAGGGGGGCCCCCAGGGGGGCCCCCAGGGGGGCCCCCAGGGGGGCCCCCUUUUGGAGGGCCCCCAGGGGGGCCCCCCUGGGGGCCCCCUUUUGGAGGGCCCCCCUGGGGGCCCCCCUGGGGGCCCCUGUUGGAGUGUGUUGCGGGACUUGGAGAGAGUGUUGGGGCUGAAGGCGGGGGCCCCCGGGUUUCCGAAGAGUGGGAAGGACUUGUGCAGUUUGCUGCUGCACAGCUGCUACAUGAGCAGCAGCUGCAGCAGCAGCAAAAGCCGGGAGCUCAGCAGCAAACUCGCGCGGGAGCUGGGAUCGUGUCACGGGAUCGUCGGGAUCGAUCCCGCUGUUGCUGCCUGCCUCCAAACUGCUGCUGCUGCUCUGGGGGGGGCCCCCCGCUUUGCUGCUCAGGGGGGGACUCUCCAGGAAGAUCUUGUCCUCCAAAACCUCCAGGCCAGAACCCGAAUGCUUUUGUCCUAUCUCUUCGCCCAACUGCUCCCAAUUGCCCGCCAGGGGGGCGCGGAGGGGCCCCGGGGGCCCCCGGGGGGGCCCCUGGGGUUCGACCUGGGGGCCCCCGGGGGGGCCCCCUGGGGCCCCCGGGGGCCCCUGUUGGUGGUGGCGACGGGGAAUGCAGAUGAAACAGUUUUUGGGUACUACACGAAGUAUGACUGCAGCAGCGGAGAUAUAAAUCCAAUUGGGACUUUAAAUAAAAAGAAUGUGCGGAAAGUGCUGCAGUGGGCUGCGGAGAAAGAGCCGCUCAAGUGCGGAGUCGUCCGUGAAAUUCUGCUGCAGCAGCCCAGCGCGGAGCUGCGGCCGCCAACAGCAACAGCAGCAGCAGCAGCAGCAGCAGCACAAACUGACGAAGCAGAAAUGGGACUUUCUUAUGAUGAAUUAUCUCUUUUUAAUUUCUUGAGAUUUAAUUUGCGAUGGGAUUCAGGGGAUUCAGGGGGUUAG